GCCAUCUGGUAUACAGUCGUCCGGACGCGUUUGUUAAGUUAGGUCGGAUUAGGUUAUGUUGUGCUUUAUGCUUUGGUCGUAUGAUACAAGCUAAGUGAUCAAGUGGAUAAUGAAUACACAAGAAAAUAUCAAAUCAGCGACGUGAGAAUGUAAAUACAUAGAAGGAUGGAUUAUGCAACAAUUGUCGAUCGAGCUGUCAAAGAAUUCUACUCAGUGGGCAGCAAUGAAGCUCAUUCGUGGUUACUGCAAGUACAAGCCUCCCCCGAAGCCUGGCAAUUCGUGUGGGAACUUUUGGAUCCUUCUAAGUCUGGAGAAGUUCAAUUUUUUGCAGCAACAACUCUACAUACAAAGAUAAUUAAGCAGUGGGAUGAAGUACCUGAAAAUGACUAUCCAAUGUUAAGGGAUUAUUUGGUCAAGAGUCUGAAACAGCCCAACACUCCCAAAUUCGUUCUUCUGAAGCUUUGUCAAGCGUUUGCUGCGUUUAUGGUCAAUAGUUACAACGUAGCAAAAGUAGAGGAAGAUACAAGUAUAGUCGAUGACCUAUUUAACGCUUUAACCCCGACUAAUUCGCAAUCCAUGUUGGAAUUGUUACUUCGAGUACUUUCGUUGCUGCCUGCCGAGUGUGAAAGGAGACGGCAAAUGUGUGGCAAUUCGCACAUUUUAGUCAGCGGUUGGCGCAAAACUUUGUGCUGCUUGCGAUUAAUCUUCUCGUCGUGCGACACACUUACAUGGUCACCGACGUUAAUGAUACCUGGUUUAGAAUGUACCCUAGCUUGGUUUAAGACUGACAGACUACCGUUGGAGGCUAUUGGCCAAAUUUAUUCGGACCUACUAGUUAUGGCGCCCCACUAUGCGCCUGAUAGGUCUUCGAAUUCAUCAUGUAGCGAGCACGAACGCGGUUGGGAAAUAGUACAGGAGUGCUUGAUCAUAAUAGUGACGCACCGUGACCUGAACAAGUGGCCUCAGACCCUUUGGGAAUGGGCGAGAGUUCUGACAACAACGGCGAAGGAGCACAAUACCAAAUACUUCUGCGAAGUGCUCACCGCUAUCGGGGAGACUCACAGCCGUGAGUUUCUGAUCGCUUUGGCCGGCGGUAGUAACGACAUGACGCAUAAGCAAACAGCUGCGGACUUGGUCGAACUGCUGCUGGAAUGUACGUCUCAACCAGGUCGUUAUCCGACGGACGAGACCCGCAGCAGCAUUCCGUUUGGAUUCUGGUAUGCGUUGCAGGACGAUUUGGCCACGUUGGAUCAGCCGGUCGAUAAGUGGGCUCUGUUGGCGUUGAAGCCCAUUUACACUCGACUGGCCGAAGCAUUGCUGGAAAAGUCGACUCUUCCGUGCCGGCAAGAGCUGAGCAAUGCGAACGAGCGCGAGGUGUUCAGAUGUUACAGGCAAGAUGUGGCGGACACUUUAGACUACUGCUAUAAGGUGCUGCAAGAGGACCUGCUGAAAAUGGUCCUGGAGAGAUUGGGCCGAGCGAUAUGCAAUGACAAAAGCUGGACCGACGUUGAAGCAUCCUUGCAUGCGUUUAAAGCACUGGCGGAAGCUGUCGGCAGUAGAAACGUCCGCUACGUCUCGGAAAUGAUAGACGCUAUUCUCUCGUACAUACCUUACGAUCGUUAUCCUGCGGAGGUAAUGGCGACAGCUUGUUCAGCAUUGGGCGCAUUCGCCGAGUGGAUCGGCGAACACCCCGACCGCAGGCUGAAGGAGGUGCUGCAGUUCAUCACUCUAGGACUCACCAAGGGUCCCGCUAUCGCACCCUUCGCAAGUAUGGCAUUGAAGGAUGUUGUUAGAGAGAGCGGUAAUCAUAUCAAGCCAUUCGCACUGUCCAUCCUCGACACGAUCAGACAAGCUCUGCCUAGCGUCGCACCAGGUAGCGGGGAAGCUUUGCGGCUGAUGUAUGCCACCGGCAAGAUGCUCAACACCUUGCCGGAGGAGUUACAACUGACGUAUCUUGACGCGACGUUAGGGGUGUGCAUAGUGAAGGUGAAGGAGCUAUUGGAGCAACCGUUGUUCGUGGCGCGAGCCGGCGUGACGAGCCACUUGAAAAUGAUAGUCGCCUGCCUGUCCACCCUCGAAGGCACGAUCGGCAAGGUCGUGUUGGACGGCCUGAUACCGCUGUUCCACCAGAUCAUCGCGCAUCCUGAAUGGAGCCAGGACAACCUCACGUUGGAAGCGAUGUACCUGUGCGCCCAACGCUCCCUACCGUUGUUGCUGCGCCCGGAGACGGACGCACGGCCGUUGCUCUCGAUCCUGACGGCAUCCUACAAGACAUGGCCGCACCAGGGAGCGUUGAACCUGCUGCGCCACUUGAUACUGCUGUUCGGGAGAGACCAAGACAACGUCAUAAGGUCGGUGCUCGCCGAGAUCAGCUCGAUAACGCUGAGCGGUGUGAAGGCCUGCAAAUCAGUGCAAGGAGACUUGUCCGAUUGGUCGGACCUAAUGGAAGCGUACCUGGGUGUGCUCGCGCAAAUUUGCAAGAAGAACGUCGGGCUGCUGCUGCAAAUCCCGGACCAAAUACCGGACAUGUUGCAGUGCGGGAUGGCUUGCUUGACGCUGCCGGAAAUCUCUACGGUGAAAAUAGCCGGUAGCUUUCUCAGCCACGCGAUCGCACAAACUCCGCACAUGCAGACGUUCGUCCAGCCGAUCGGCCAGGAACUGGUCUCCGUAAUCUUGCAUCACGUCGUUGGAGCAGCUACCCAGAAUCAUCUGGAACCUUGCGCCGAGGUCCUGUUCACAUUGAACAAAUUCUACUUCGAGUGGCACGACGUGUGGCUGCGAGCCGUGUUCGAGAGUCAAAGUGAUUCCGCCGUGUUGCCAAAGGAGUACACAACGCACAUCUUGCGCGAGAGGACGAAAAAAGGGCUCUGCACCACGCUGAAGGAACUCAGUAUGCGGUGUCGACAAAAGACGGGACUCUCGUCGAAUCCUCGGAAUGACAGAACUUUCGAAACGUUGACAUAAGACGAGUUUUACUCUGUGACAGACACAACGGUAAUAUACUCAUACGGAAAUUAAUAUAAUUUAUCCCUUUAUAAUAAACGCAACCGUGUUGUAUAUAUUCCAUACGUUUUUGCAUUUCUUCGGAUCGUAAGAUGUUCAUUGAUCGCAUGUAACGUGGUGCAAGAUUAAUUGUAGUGAGAAAAAAAUGAAAUGGAGUGGACCGGGAAGAAGAAAAAUACAUAAAUAUAUUUCCGAUCCUUUUCUCCAUCGACUGUUGUAUAUUAGCUGACAAUUAACAACUAAUUUAUCAAGAGAUUGUUAGAAGACGAACUAAAACCAAUUAAAUAAUAAUGUAUGAAAUUGAAUUGUGAUUUGUGUACUUAGCGAUACUUCGCGCGACCGGUUUGUUGUGGGUGAGGCAGAAAUAUCUUUUUGUUGGAUAUUAUGCUAUUUAAUUUUGAUUUUUUCUUUGCUGUUUGCAGUACAGAAAGAAGGAACACGGGAAAGAUCGUCGGAGAUAGAUUACAUAUCUUUCUACUUGUACGCUUAAUUAAUAUCACUUUCUUCAUGCCCGUAUGCGUUACUUGCGUAAUAUUAUUCCACUUGGAGAGAUGUACACGUGGUACUACUAAUAAAAAUCGAUCUCUUCCUUUUCUAAAACGCGUUGCGCCGUAAAAUAGAAUAACCUGGGCUAUUCAUCAAUAUUACUGGGAAUUGAAAUAUUUCUCAAGAAGACGGGAGAGAUAAAUGGACAAAUAGAAAGACAGAAAGAGAUUUCUCAUCUUUUUUUUUAACAAAAUGUUAGAACCAAUAUCCGAUUCUCGUGCACGUGUAUUUUAAUACGAUAAAAAAAAAGGUCGACACGCCUAUACAAAAAAAAAAAUUGCGAAAAUAUAUCAUUAUCAAUCUUCAUGAUGUACUUUUUCUCCUCUUUGCGUGCAUUAAGUUUCAACGGAAAAAAAAUCGUCACUCAAAGGCAUACCUUAAUUAAAUUACCCAAUUUUCGAAAUAACGAAUAUUCUCAAAGUAAGUCUGAUCGCGUAAAUCGUCUCAAUAAAUUACCGUAAAAUCAAGAGUUGAUCUACGUAAAUGACAAUACGCCAGUACAUUGCGGAGUGUACGAAAUAUAAAAUAAACGAUUGAUCAUUCUCACUUAAACAAUAACGUCCUUUAUGUUGUAUAUAUUACGCAUAUAAGUUUGGUGCGUGCAUUGUGUGUGUGUGUGUGUGUAUAUACAUUUCGCUCGAAAAGGUCUAUAUAACGAUUCUUUCGUGCACUGGCAGGCGAUCGCACAUAUAGUAA